UAGAUGGGACCAAAACCUUUCACAAGUUUUGCUGGCUGACUGAAUCCCUGCUGCGGCUCUCAAGGGAAAGUCUAGUUAUUAGUGUGUAGAAGCUGAAACAGGCACACUGCGAUUUCUUCUUCUGUCAGUUUUCUUGUUUAUAAAAUAGUGUUUGAUGAAGUGCUCUUUAUUAGUUUUGGUUUCUCUCUCCUUGGAACCAGCUAUUGGUUUAAAGUGAGGGGUGUGCUUUAUUUAUGUUGUUGUUCAACUGACAUUGGAAUUGUAUACAGAACACCAUGACUCUUCUGGGUUCUGAGCAUUCUUUAUUGAUUCGAAGCAAGUUCAGAUCAGUCCUGCAGUUACGACUCCAGCAGAGGAGGACACGGGAGCAGCUCGCAGACCAGGGCAUCAUGCCUCCACUGAAGAGCCCAGCUGCAUUCCAUGAACAGAGGAAAAGUCUUGAGAGAUCCAAGACUGGAGAUUAUUUAAAACAUAAAAUUAGAAGUAGACCGGAUAAGGCAGAUUUGGUCAACAUGCAUAUUUUACAAGACUCAGCCACGGGAGGCUCCAUACAGGCCACUCAGAUGAAACUAAAGCGAGCCAGGCUUGCCGACGAUCUUAAUGAGAAAAUUGCGCUAAGGCCAGGCCCUUUGGAACUGGUAGAAAAGAAUAUCAUUCCUGUCGAUUCAGCUGUCAAAGAGGCUGCAAUGAAAGUGAACCACGGCAAGUUCCCCAAGCAGGAGGACUCGUAUGCGUUUGAGGAGGACAGCAGCAGUGACAGCCUGUCCCCUGAGCAGCCCCACAGCAAUGAGUCCCAGGGCUCUGUGUGCUCUUCGUCAGAGGCUAAGAGCAGUGACUCCUCUUCCCCAGCAUUAACCAGUAGCAGACAGGGAUUUCAAAACAGGGAGAUGAAUGGCCAUAUUGCUUCCCCUAAUAAUCAAACAAGCCAAGAAGAAAGCCAGCCUAUGAUGAACAGCAACCAACUGAGCCCACCGGUACCUGUUCCUGCAGUUGUCAAGUCGAAAUCAUCGGAUAAAAACCGCCAUAAAAAGCUGAAGGACACGAAGCCCAAGGUGAAGAAGCUGAAGUACCACCAGUACAUUCCGCCGGACCAGAAGGCGGAGAAGUCCCCUCCCCCGAUGGACUCGGCCUACGCCCGCCUCCUCCAGCAGCAGCAGCUGUUCCUGCAGCUGCAGAUUCUCAGCCAGCAGAAGCACCACCACAGCACCCAGCAGAGACAGCAGAGCUUCAGCUUCCAGCCCCUGCACUCACUGCCACACAAGCAGUCCACUGAACAACUUGCAAGGAAUUCAAAUGCUUCCACAAGCACCGUGACCAGUAGUUCCUCAUCACCUGUGAAGACAACUUUUUCUGGGCAAAGCAGCAUUUCGCCAAUAAAGCCAGGACCCUUACCCUCUAAUCUGGAUGAUCUUAAAGUGUCUGAGCUGAGACAGCAGCUGAGGAUACGAGGCCUUCCUGUAUCUGGCACUAAAACAGCCCUCAUAGAGAGGCUGAGGCCCUUCAAGGACCCCAAUGCGAGUCCACCGUCCAGCUCCGGUGACAUCACAACAGUGACCUUUCCGGUGACCCCCACCGGCUCUCUGUCAUCCUACCAGUCUUCAGGCUCCGCGGGGGGUGGCGGAUUCUACCCCUUCUGCAGCACCAGCUCCACCCCGCCCAUUUCACCCGCCUCUUCCGACUUAUCGGUCAGCGGGUCCCUGCCCGACAGCUUCAGCGACGUCACCAUGUCCUCCCCCCAGUUCGGCCUGCAGCCCUCCCCGGCCCACCUGAGCGCAGACGAGGGGCUGGCGGCCGGCCUGACCGGGGGCUGCCUGCACGGGGAGGCCGAGGGCCCGGACGCGGAGAAGGACAAGAUGCUGGUGGAGAAGCAGAAGGUGAUCGAGGAGCUGACCUGGAAGCUGCACCAGGAGCAGCGGCAGGUGGAGGAGCUGAAGAUGCAGCUGCACAAGAGGAAGCACAGCCAGCAGGACCUCCAGGCCUCUCCGCAGCAGCAGCGCCACCUGCAGGCCUCCCCGAAGCACCCGCUGCACCUGCAGCCUCCGGCCCAGCAGCACUUCUUCGGCGUGUCCAUCAAGCAGGAGCACGUGGCCUCCAGCUGCCCCCUCUCCUGCAAGCAGCUGAAGAGCUCCCCCAGCAGCUGCAUGGAGGGCCUGGGCCACCUGUCCGGGCUGGCGGGCCCUCGCUGCAUGGACCCCUCGGUCGGAGGCAGCCCCUCCACGCUGUCUGCCUUCCUCAGCCCCCAGUGCUCCCCUCAACACUCCCCCAUCCCCAAGGCUGGAAGCCCUCAGCACAGCAGCCUGCCCUCCUCCCCCCACAACCCCUACCUGCUGCCCGGCUCCUCAGCCUCUCUCACUGCAGAGAACCGGAGCCACUCUCCCCUGCAGACCAGCAGCAGGCCACAGGCACAGGGCCAGCAGAAGAACCUUGGGCAGCCUGUGAACUGCUCCUACUCUGAACAGCGGAGCUUACAGUCCCUGUUCCCCAGCCCUGCCAGCAGUGCCUUUCACCACAGAGAUCACCCCAAAGCAAAGAACUCAAACAUGCAACACAAGAUGGCACUAUUACACUCUCCCAGGCACGUGGGUCAAAAGUUUCCCAUCUCCUCUGCUACCUGCUGUAGCUCAGAUUCUGCAUCAAAGAUUAAACGGCCCCCCUGCUAUGAAGAUGCAGUAAAGCAGCAAUUGACUAGAAGCCAGCAGAUGGAUGAACUUCUUGAUGUGCUAAUUGAAAGUGGAGAAAUUCCAGCUAACGCCAAAGAAGACAGGCCCUGUGUAACCAAAGUUGUGCCUCACAUUACAGUUUCUUCAGGAAGCUCCAGCCUACCGGUCCCCAAAUUCCACAGGCACUAUGAGCACUUGUCCCCAUCCCAGCUCUCCUACGAACACGGCACCAGCAGUGGGGACCACCACCUGGAGGCCUUGUUGAACGGUCCCAUGGGCAGAAUAGGCGAGAUCGCCAUCCACAAAAUGGCCCCCGAGGAAGGGCAGCUGGAGGACACAGGGGAAGGAUUCACAGCUGCCCGCCAGGAAAAACUGCUCAACAACCGUGAAAUGAUGGGCACGCCUCUGUCCCCAAUGGAUGCCAGGGUCUCUCCAGCCAAUGAGGGCCAGGGGCUGAGUAUGGCCUUCACAGAGUCACCAUGGGAAACCAUGGAGUGGCUGGAUCUCACCCCUCCAAGCUCCGCCACCGGGUUCAGCUCCAUCCCCCCGGCUGGACCCAGCAUCUUCAACACGGAAUUCCUGGACGUUUCAGACAUCAACUUGAACUCAGCCAUGGACCUUCACUUAGAGCAGUGGUGAACAUGAAGCCCCAAGCACCAACACAGAGCAACCACCCACAGAAAUAUUUUACAAUCACAAAUAUAUUUUUACUUUACAUGCCUGAUGUUGUUUUAUAAAACUUAUAAAUACUUGCAUAGAACGACAUCAGGUGCCUUUUCGACAAUCUUUGCCUUCUCUGGACAUGAUGCACAGAUUGGCAGUUUGAAGUUAUAUAAACAUUUAUAUGCAUUUUAAAAGAUUGUCAGAAUGAUGCAAAAAUGAAAAUAAGCUUACACAGGAUAACUGUGCACAGUUGCAAUAAACAUAGUACGCUCACUAUGCAAUUAGUUUUGGACAAACAAAACUUGAAAAGCCACACUUCAGUAUUAUGAAAGAAUGCAUGUAUUUUACUGGAAGCAAGAACUUAAAACUGAAAAGAUGAAGUCUUUAUUUUGGUCUUUGUAUUGGCAAUAGAAAUACAUAUUUUCAAUGAUAUUAAGUUUUUUUUAAGCAUCAACCAUUUGUAAAUAGCUUAUUACUGAUAUUUGUAAAAAAAAAACAAACAACAAAAAAAACCUAUUAGACAAGUUAGUUGCAUUUUAUUUAGCAAGGUGAGACCGAGCACUUCAGCUGAAUUCUCAAUAUACAAAUGAUACUCUUGUACUUUGUAAAUACAAGAAUGUUCACAUUGCACACUGAGUAGUGUAGAAAAAGUUGUCACACUUGGUAUUUUCAUGUUUAUUUGAAGGAAUAGCAUUUUAAUUGCCCUUCCAUGAAAGUAUUUUAUCACUUUUUUAUUCCCUUUUUGCUUGAAGCUUGAAUAUAUUUAUUUGCUACACUGCAGUUGGACUAAAGUGUAUAGAAAACACAUAUUUUAUCAACACUGAGCUUUUUGUAUUCUCACGGUUCUAGAAAAAAAAAAAAACAGGCAAUAUUAUCACAAUGUAAAAUCUGUAGAAAUAAAAUGGACAGAGGAAAAUUCAGAGUUAAGUAUUCGGGUCACCAGUUGCCAAAACAUUCAAAAAUAUUUAGGGAUGAGGUUUUUUUUAUUUCCACUGAAAAGUCAUUAGUUUGAAUGAAAUUUGCCAUGUGUAGCAAAUUAAAAUGUGUUGAAGCAGACCAAAAGAGAUCACAGUUAAAUCAAAGUAGGGAGAUGGAGUUCUUUGUCAAACUGUGUGGAAUGACAGAAUGACUUACUGCCAUUACAUAUGAUUCAUUGGUCUUAUCCUGUAUGUCAAUUUAAAGACAUUUUAAAUGCCUUUAAUUGUACCUGGAUCUCCUCGAAUUGUGUCCGCCUUUACUUCCUGGGAUCAAAUUUUGUCUACAGAUUUAAUGUGAUUUUUACAUUUGAUACUGACUAGUUCUCCCUCUUGUUUUAGCCAAGUAUCUUAUAAGAAAGGACUUCUCAGAUGUAUUUAUUAUUUUCUAUAUUAGUAUUUAUGUGACAUUCCUUUGUGAAAAAUUGGAGUAUUGGUGAUAUUCAAAACCCAAAUCCUGUCAUUUUAAUCCCCCCUCCCACAUUUAUUCUGAAAGGCUCACUUGAAAACCGUACAUUUAUAGACAUACAAAAUCAAUUAUUUAUAGAGUAUAUUUUUCUAAAAAUCAGGUUUCUUGUUCAAAAGCUUUGCCAGCCUUACCUGCACUUCUAAUGUCAAUCACUCUAUGUUUUUGUUUUUGUCAAUUAAAUUCAAUGGCAUGCAAACUCCCUGAAGUAGUUGGUACUAUGUGACAACUAAAUGGUUUCAUUUACCGCCAGAUAACAUUAUGAAAUCAUUUAAGCUGGAAUGAUUUCCAUUGUUAAGGGGGUUAUAUGCAGCAUAACACUAUUAGUCAACUUGUUAAUAAAAAUGAAAGACUAUUUAGACGUGAAAAUGAUGUGAUCACGUUAUCCAUGGGAAAGCAAAGAAAUAGCAGUCACCCAGCAAUUUGGUCCAAAUGCGUAUCUAUUAUCGUUCUCAUCAUCACAGAUAGAACAUGUCACAAAUUGACAAUAAUGGUAAAACCACACAGAAGCUUUGCACGAGCAGAUCAUGCAAGCGCAGUGAGAAUUGUGUAUUGUGUCUUGACAUCCACCAUAAAUAGUUUCACCGAUGGAAAAUGUUAACUAGGAAACCUAGGAUGUAUUCAUUGAUGCAUCAUCGACCAAGUCUCACAGCUUUCCAUCUGCAAGCCUUUGCAAAUUUAAAUGUAUACAUCUUUCACUCACAAAAUACCAUACUAAAGCCAUUACAGCUAUUAACUUUAUAUUAGUAUACAUCUCUAAUGUGCUGAAUGGACUACAUGUACAUGUAGUUUGUCAGUUGGACCAAAAGCUGUGAAGUAUUUUACCCUUAACAUUUUCAUGGUGUCAACUGAUUAGGUGCUCCUGAGGAUAUGUAUUCAUUGCUGUUAUAGCUGCAUUUCAUAAUGUUGGAACUGUAAGUACAGUAUACAGUAGAUUACCGGUAUGUAUUCUAAUCGAAGGCUUUUUCAAAUAUUCACUUUCAUCAACACAAGGAAAAGGGACAUUUUCUCAUUUUUAAUAAGUGCCUUUGACCUGUAUGCAAAUUAAACUUUUACCGAUGCAGACAUCUGUGAUAUCUGUAAUGCAUUCAAAAAUAAGUCUCUACUUAAAUAAGAACAAUGUGUUACAUAACAAUGAAUGCAUCUAUACAAUAUUUUAAAAAGUGCCAUGAUUGAAAGGUUUAAAGAAAAAGUCAUGAAACAAUAUGGUUAUAUGCAGUAGGUUAUGUUUUCUUGUUUAAACAAAGUAUCAUAGGUGCUUUGGUAUUUGGUAUAUGGCUUGGUUAUGGUACAGUUCUUUAUAGGUUUAAAAAUCAUACAUUCAGAACAAAUCUCUUAAAAAUGACCAACCCUUUUGAGUUUCAUUUUUUUCCUUGAGGUUUGUAAAUCCCAGAGAAUUAAGGAUGCCUUGGGGUAAAUGUCAUAUUUCAUGAUUCAGAUAGUGACUGUUUGCAAUGGGAGCAAACUCGUAGCUUACAGUACAUGUUUUGAGGCUAAAACUAUAAUACAGUUAUGAGUGUAUUUUGUGAUUUUGAACAGGCCUGUGAAUAUUUUUUUUCUAAAUGUCACUACCACACCCAGUUAGGCUAUAUUUGCCAGUUCUAUGUUUUAUUUACACAAAUUCAUUAAAAAGUCCAAUUAAAAGUACAAUCACUUCACCCUUUUACUUCAAAGAGGCAGAGCAGGAUAGAGCAGCUUUACUGAGGCACUUUUAAGUCACAAUGUAUUGUUGCUUCUACUGAUACACAUUCAACUAAUCUGCUUAUUCUGAACCAAAGAACAUCCCCUUUGUAUCCAAUAAUGUAAUGAAAAUAUCAACUGAGAUUUCUUGCCUUACAAGAAAUCACAUCUGAUAUACCCUUGCAGACAAUAUACCUUGUAAUAAGUUGUUGUGAGAACAAGGUUACAUUAUAUUGAGAUGAACCAAGGAUUAAAUCUGACAGAAAGCUUUCUUGUUGCUUGGCCACUGAACUGUUUAUGAAUGUAAACAUCCUCAGUAUUUGUCUACACCACUGUAUUACUGUAGAUGAAAAGACAAUAAAUUAAACACAAUUUUAUUUCCA